GAAGUGGGGAAGAGCGAGAGCAAGAGAGAGAGAGAGACGAGGAAGGAAGAGUGCAUGUCAAAACAAGAGGAGAAAGAGAGCAGAGCCUCUGCCUAGAUCUCAAUUAGCCUCAGUGUCUUUGUCUGUUAUAUACCUCCCUCUUUUCUCUGCUCAGGGAGAGGGGAAGCUGGGCAGAUGGUGGGAGAAGGCAGAGGAGGGAUGAGGAGCCGCUUUCCACAGGAACACUGACGGCUGCCUGGCUGGCUAUACCGCCGGGGAAUCCAUCCAUGUCCUUCCUUUUGUUUCUCCCUAAUUGGCCACAGCAGGUUUUCACAGCCAGGGAGGAGUGCAACAUGGAAAUCUAAAAGGCAACAAAGGAAGAAGACAGACAGACAGAGAGGACAGGAAGGCAGAAGAGGAAAACAGGAGGAAGAGAGGACGGCAAGCCUCGUGACAAUAUUUUAAGGGUGAGACAAAGCACAAAAAAAAAAAAAAAAACACAGGGACUGAACUCAGACGGAUAUCUAGUGUGGUGAAUGGGAUUUGGAGUAUCUGUACCGUCAAUGACAUUGAUGUGCUUUCAUUCACUUGGCUUCCAGGUUCAUGCCCAAGGAGACACAAGACUGUUGUGUGUUUUUGUUUUCAAGGGGAGAGACCGUGCAAUACAGAAAGACUUCAGUAAUUCUCCUCUCUGACACCCUCACAGUGCUUUGGAGCAUGGAUGACAGAAGAUCAUUUUCUGACCCACUUUGAUGAAUAUUUGUCUCAACUUAAUGGAGUAAAUCAUCUGUGCUGACUGGACAAUCAGCUUCCGGUCUACUAACAGUCAGGAUUAAAGUUCUGUAAAAGCUAAGGAGAAGUGAACGUACAGAUUGUGACUCAGUCUGUUUAGUCCCACAGACAGCCGUGGAAGGCAGACUUUGGGACAUUUGAGAGGUCACGACCCCAACGGGUGAUCUGCCCUCAGAUUUUCUGGGUUUUUGCCAGCCAGAGAAUGAUUUGAUGCGCCCCAUCCAGUGCUUUAACGGGUAUCUGUGUGGUCUCGGAUUUCACAACUGUGAUCCCUACUGUAAGAUGAUGUCUGAGAUCUACCACUUGCCGCUCAAUGUCUACGUCAUCAUCCUGGGCAUCGGCCUCUUCAUCUUCAUGCUCAGUCUCAUCUUCUGCUGCUACCUGUUUAGAUUGAGGCGACAAGGUGCAAGAGAGCAAUAUGGCUAUAAUGAGGUUGUUUUGAAAGGAGCAGGGAAGAAACUGAGCCUCCUUGGUCAAACGUGUGCUGUGUGUUUAGAGGAGUUUCGCAGCAGGGAUGAGCUUGGAGUAUGUCCAUGCUCCCAUGCUUUUCACAAGAAGUGUCUGCUAAAAUGGUUAGAGAUCCGCAGUGUCUGUCCCAUGUGCAACAAGCCCAUCUGCCGCCUUCAGCCUGACCCCCCACAAGGGGCCGAGGGGGCCCAGAGUCCCCUGGAAGUCUAAAAGGAGAAGGUAUAUCCAGCAGCACCUCACCCUCUCCAGUCAGUCUGCAGCCAAGAGACUAGAGGGGCUUGUUUCCCACCACACACCACCUCCCUUCACUGUCUGUCCCAGCUGAUUGGACUUCUAAGCACACACACAUUUACUGCAGGUAACACUGCUCUGCACACAGACGUAAUCUCAUUGACUGACUCAAACCUCAGUGAGCGGGGCCAAAGAAGCACAACUUUUCAGAGAGGAAGUGAGUGAACUGAGAAAGCUGAAGAGCAAAGCAGGCAAAAUAUAUAUGUAAAAAAUCACAUAUAAAUGGCAGAAUUCUUUUUCAAAUGAUUCAUCACCACAGUUACAGGCUAGUCCUGCUAGUUUGAACUUGAAAGGUCAGAUAGACUAACUGCCUAACUUAAAUAAUGCGGUAUGGUUAUACUGCAUAUUUUGAAUUAGUAGCAAGACACUGUAAAAAUAAUUCAAGUGUUUCAACUUAAAAACCUAAGUUCACUGCCAUAAAAAAUAUGAGUUAACACAACUUCAAGAUAAGUUUGGUUUCAGCUCAAAAAGGUUAAGUUACACAAGUUGCUGAACUAAUGAUCAUUUGUUGUUUAAAACUGAUCAUUUAAAACAACUCUACAACAUUAUCCAUUCAAAAAAAACUUGUUUUGUCUUGUCAAACAAACCUAUAGUUCCACGCUAUUUCAACUCAGAUUUUCAAGUUAUGAUAACUUCAGCGUAUUAACCACAAUUGCCAUUUCAAGACUUGACGUUAUUAGCUAACUGCCCUCUUACCCCAUACCCUAGUUUUCACUAAACUUCAGCCUUAUGCAAGAAAACGGUUGUUCUUUGAUUCUGGCCACUGAGGUUUAACUCAACCAAUGAGAUUAUUUAUGGAUCUAGAGCAGCUCUGCCUCUGAGAAAUAUUUGUAUAGCAAACUGCAAUCUGCUCAUUUCCAAUUUCCCUGAAACUGCACAUGGAUCCAGAUGAAGAUGACAUAUCUUGACCUUCCUCCAUAAUGGAAGACCUUGGAGAUGUAAAUGUGCCCCUCUGACACCAGCUUUGAAAGGACCAGAUACCUUCAGCUCUCCAUUGCCUUGAAUGUGAAGGUAUAUGCAGAGACUGCAAAAAUGUGCAAUAGCGGACAAGAAGACAUUACAAUCAAACUAAAUGGAGCUCAAAGAAGACUGAGAAGAAACAGGGGAUGGUGGCUGUAAUCUUCCAUUGUUGCACAAUCAGUUAUUUCCAUCCCAUGUUGCCAAGCUGAGUGAAGAUAGAGAGACUGUGUUUGGUGAGUGAGGUGAGUCAGGAUGGGAUUAGAAGAGACUAUAAGCCACUCCCGCAGAUGCUGGCACAUGCCUGUUCAAGGUAUUCAGUUACCACCAAGGGUCCCGGAGCAGCCGACCAUUGAAGAAUAAGUUUAGUAUUUAUGAACCCAUGCCAUAUUAAAAUGUUGAUUCCCAUCAUUUAUAAUGGUACAUAGCACAACCCAACUGCAAGGAUGUAAUGUACUGCUGUGAAAAAAGAAGUUCCAAAUGUAGUAAUAAGCAAACUUGUUCCGUUAAGUCCUAAAAAUCUAACAGACACACAACUGCACUGUGAUGUUUCCUGUUUUCAAAAAGGACAUUUCAAAUGUUUUUUGAGAGGCUAAAAACAAGUUCCCUAUUGCAAGGGUUCUCAAACCUUUUUUUUUUUUAAGCAAUGUACUCCCUUUGAAAUGUUUUUUAAGGCAAGUACCCCCUGACCAGUGAAGGAAAACACUGUUGGUAGAGACAACAACCUGAUAAUAACGAUAUUUUGUCAGCUCUGUUUUUGCUUCUUCUUCUCUUCUUCCUGCUUGUUUCCAGCUGUAUCGCUGCUACGCUUCAACCACGAAUCCAUUUUCUGGAUUUUGUCUUCUCUCCCCCCGGUCAUAGUGAACAAAUAUGCUCACCUGAUGGCACCAGAUUUAAACCACAAACUCACACAUUUUGGAAACCCCUUGGGAGAACUGAAUAUAAUAUGUAGUUUAUCAAAUUUACAUUUACAUUUUUAUUGAACUUAUUAUAGAAUAGGCUAAUUAUUUAAAGAUUUAUGCAUUUAAAUCAACAUUUUAAACAUCUCUCAUACCCCCGUGCAGUACUGCAACACACCCUUUGGAGUACAUGUACUUCCAUUUGAGAACCACUGCCCUGUUGGUGUGUGUUGAAGGCCGGUGAGAAGCUGCAGCAGUGUGGUCAGUGUCUUGUCACUAAAGUGGUGAGGUUGUGCUAUGUGCCACUGUAAAUGAUGGGAACAAACAUUUUAAUAUGGCCUGGGCUGAAAAAUACUGAGCCUAUCCUUUUAAGCAACACACUUAUAUAAUAUAUACAUAGUCUUUAAGUUAUUUCUAAGGAGUUGUUUUGUAUCAUAACUGGCUUUCAAUAAAAACGUAUAGUGUUUCAGUGAUGCUUAAAUGCUCUGUCAUUUCUCAAAGAACUGCAUGCCGGGGUUUCCACUGAGAUAAAACUGAGCCAAGCUCUCUGCAAUGAAAUGUUAGGCCCCAAUGUCUAAGACCUGCUCUCCACUGCAGUGAUAUAAAUAGGCACAUUUCACUGAUAUGAAGAGCCCGUUUUAGCCGCUUUCUUGUCUAAGUGAGGUGCAGGAUAAAGCAUCCCUCCCCAUAGUAACUGUGUACAUAAAGCUAGCCG